CCAGAGUCGGGUGUCAUGUAUGGCCCAUUUUCUUACGUCAAGGCCGGUGUCUAUGGCCCAUUUUGUUACCUUAAAAUCCCACAGCCACAGGUUAGGUUUAACAUAGAAGCAAGCAAGCCAAACAGAAUGAUGAUGAAUACGCUGAUUAAGAAGGUGAAGGCGGAUGAACGGACGAGAGCCAUAAUUCGUAACGGGCUGGAAAUCGGACAGCGUUCUAUCUUCGUCAUAUCCGGCGACAAGCCCCAUGAUCAGAUUGCGAAGCUCUACUUCAUUAUUCGCGAAGAAGAAGGCAAUAGGGACCUUGUAUCGAAAGAAGUUGUUUGGUGCUACGAGGAUAAACUUGAACUUCGAAGUCGUAAGAAGAUGGCCAAACAGGUGGAGUGUUUGAGACGUCAUGGGAUUUUAGAUCUUGAGAAGUGUCCCCCUUUCUCAUUUUUUCUUGAGUUUGCACCAAUUACGCCUUGUUGGUAUGAGGAUUCUGAGAGAAUUCUUGGCAAUAAUACAUUUGGCAUGUGUGUAUUUCAGGAUUUUGAGGUUUUGACACCUAAUCUUCUAGCAACAACUAUUCAAACAGUGGACGUGGGUGGGUUGGUCAUUCUGUUGAUUCCUUCUUGGGAGAGAUUUAUUACAGAAUCACAUUCAUGGGCUGUCGAUGAACAUGUCCUACUUUCUCUUGCAUCAUGCAGACUAUAUAAAGUUAUAGAUGAUAAAUUGAAUGUAUUACCAAUCUCAUCUCAGCCACAGCCACCACAUAUUGAGGAGGACUUCACCAGACAGAUGUCACGCCUCAUGAUUCACCAAGGCGAGCCGUAUAUCAACCCAUUGGAUCCUACACAGCAUCAGCUUCUCGUCAAUAUGGGACCAUUGCACCCAUCCAUGAGGAUGACCACUAGCCCAUAUCAUCAUCAUCAUCAUCAUGACAUUGUCAAGUGUUUGCUAUUAAAAUGA